AUGGAUGCUGUGCAUGAUCGUGACAUUGAGCUUCAGCGAGCGUCUGGCGAGCUGAUUGAAGAAUUUAGGACGAAACUUCCUCCAUUACUGUGGAAACACCCUAAUUCCGGAAAACGAGUAGUUCACCGUUGGGCAAGGGCAGCGAAAGUAGAGAAGUUGAUCCUCCUAUUGGACCCGUUCCAAGAGUGGCCACAACUGUUAGAUCCUCACCUUAACUGGAUACUCACGCACCUGACGGAUGCUUUUUUAUCAUACCUUCUUGGCCAUGGUCAUAGUUAUGGUUCUGUCACUAAAAUUAAAGAGCCAGAAAUGAUCUACCCGCUAGCACGGGCGAUAUGCAAAAUUAUAUAUACCCUAUGCAAGGUUCGAGGCCCGAAGGUAAUAUCUCGUUUGUUCAGCAAUGAACCGAAGUAUCUCGAACCCAUGCUUUCAAUGUUUAUUGAGUGGGAUAGCAUUGUCAGCGCAGACAUAAACAGGUCAACUACGACCGGACAGGGCCUGCCGCUUAACUGGGAAGAACGAUAUGUUAUGCUUCUAUGGCUGUCUCAUCUUUUGUUGGCACCCUUUGACUUGACCUCCAUUUCGUCAGAAAAUAUUUCAAUUCCUUACCAGAACCUAUCACCGUUCUCGGAUCUCUCUUCCAAGACCCCAAAGCUUGCACUUGCAAUCCUAUCUAUUUCACUAAAGUACCUAGUUUUACCGGGAAAAGAGCGAGAGGGAGCCGUCCUCCUACUAUCGAGGCUUGCAUUAAGGAAGGAUAUGCAACAGCUUGGGAUGUUGAAAUCACUUGUCGAGUGGGCUUUGGGACAUUUGAAGCCCGGUUUAGAAAUAACUCCUCCUUCGACAUUUGCAUGCAUUGGACUUCUGUCUUUCAUAGCGAAACUUGGAACCCUUGCUCAGGUUGAGGACAUUGCACCGUUUGUGAGACCAAUAUUUAGCCAAGCUCUUGAUCUGUCUAGAGGGAGUUGCGAUAUGUCUGCCACUGUGCAAUCCUCAGCCUCCACUCGAAAACUAUUGACCAAAAUACUUCGUGAAAUGAAUACCCUCUCGUUAACACUAGAGAAGCGGCCGGACCUUUUACAGAUCUCUUCAAACGAAGUCUCUACAAUCUUAGAAGAUACAAUUGAUUAUUUUCUCCUUGCCGUUGGUGACAAAGAUACGCCAGUUCGAUUUGCAGCUAGCAAAGCUUUGAGCAUGAUUGCUUUGAAACUCGAGCCGGACCUUGGCGCGGAUAUAUUAGAUGCAGUGAUCAGUGCAUUGGACGAAGACGUUCUCUAUGAGGAAGAGAGCGGUGAAUUGAUACCUAAAGAAAAGGCCCGGUCCAUGAUGGGUAGACUUAUAUUGAGGAGUUUCAAAUCUGUUGAUGCCCAAAAAUGGCACGGCCUUAUGCUCACACUUGGACACUUACUAUUCCGGAGAUCGCCUCCGCUUGAUCGGUUAUUUCAGCUGUUUGAAUGCCUCGUUUCGGGCUUAACCUUUGAACAAAGAUCGUCGACCGGUGCCUCCAUUGGUGUCACCGUUCGGGAUGCAUCCUGUUUUGGAAUCUGGUCACUUGCUAGGAAGUAUUCCACGAAAGAGCUGGACUCUGUUGAAAUCAGCACAACUGAAAACAGAAAUAAAUGCCUCUUACGGAGCUUGGCAAUAGAACUUAUCUCCUCAGCUUGCCUUGAUCCCUCUGGGAAUAUUCGGAGGGGCUCAUCCGCCGCCCUGCAGGAGUUGAUUGGGCGCCACCCUGACUCAAUCUCGGAAGGGAUAUCAAUCGUUCAGGUUGUGGACUAUCACUCCGUGGCGCGAAGGGAAUUUGCUAUGACAGAAGUGGCUAUAGCCGCUUCCAAACUUGAUAAAGUGUACUGGUCACCACUCAUAGGAGGGCUUUUACGGUGGAGAGGGAUUGGUGCUCCAGAUCCAAAAUCAAGAAGAGCGGCAGCUCUUGCUAUUGGAGAGUUAAGCUUGCAAAUGUCAUACGCUGGGAUAGGUACCGUGUUGGAUAGGAUUCUACAUACCUUGUCUUUGACAUCCUCGAACUCCGUUGAAGCUAGACAUGGAGGAUUUCUGGCGCUUUCAGCCACAGUUGACGCAUUUCUUCGCUAUGAAUCCUCUAAAGACGAUACCCCUGAAGAUCCUGGCCCUGUGAUUGAAUUGUCUCGACGAAUCCAUCAGCUCUGGGGCAUAUUUAGCUCUUCAUCGGGACCCUCAGUGGAAGGUUUGACUCUCCAAGAAUAUCGGCCAGACCUAACAGCAGAGGCUUGCUCGCGCUUGAUAUCCUCGCUUGCUCGCUCAUACACUCUCUUUGGAAGCGAUGUGCCACGCUUUGGGCUACAACUUAAUAAUGAUUCUCUAGAAAUGACAGUCACUAUAUUGUUGCUAUGUGUUCAACGUAGUGACGAUGAAGCUGUUGCUGCCAGUUCCCAGGCUGCAGUGGAUAUAUUCGCUAUUUUAUCUGUAGAAAGGAAGUCUGCCAUCAUUCAGGAAUGGCUUAGCGAGGUCCAAUCAAACCGGAAAAAAACAACUGGUAGUGGUCAAAUAGCCGCAUUGGGUGCAGUUUAUCGGCACUCUUCAAGUGAUGAAAGAGAGAGGAAACUUAUUCUUGACGAACUAAUGCGCUGCAGUGGGCCGGAAGAAGCUGUAAUUGUGAAACGUGUCUCUGCUGUGAGAUGUAUUCUGACUGGGGUACUCCCGUAUCUCGAUAACACAGAUCAACUUGAGAGUCAUAUCGGUGUAUUACUUAAUGAUUACACUACUGACAAUCGAGGUGACGUUGGAUCCCUAAUACGGACUGAAGCAAUCAAUGGCGUACACAUGAUCUUAGCGUCUCGCUUGGGAAAUCCGAUAGGCCAUUCAAACGUGCAUCAUCUGAUGAAGCAUAUCAUAAGGCUAGCAGCUGAGAAGUUAGACAAAGUCAGAUUUAAGGCCUGGAAAUGCUUCGAGGUUUAUUGGGAAUCAGAUACGGGCCUUCCUCCUCUGGAAACGAGGUUUGAUCAUUUCAGUGAAGUUUCAACUGUUGCUUACUUUUCACAGCUUAUCACCCUGGUUCAAGUCGAAUGGCUUCGUUUACCACUGAUAAAGGGGCUCGUCACUUCCCUCACCGCUGGCGCCGACAGUCUUAUCAUCUCGUCCCGUACUGCUGUUGUGGAAUUCAUCAACAGUCAAAAUGACAACACUAGAUAUCGCAUGCAGAGGGAUAUCUUCAUGAGCUUGCUUAUAGUUUUGGAAGAGAGUAUAACAGAUGAUCGUUAUGCUAUACCCACCGUUGAGAGCCUUGCGUUUUUAAUUGAAAAUUGCUUCAAUCCGGAAAUACUGGAGCUGGAUCCUGAUGUCGAAGAUGACAAAAAUGCUGCUACACCCUUACCCCAAGGUAUGAAUUAUUUUAUCUUCCCAUAUUCUAAUAAUAUACUGACGAAUGCAAAGAUUCGAGCUCUUACAAGCGAAUACCUAUUUAUUCAGACUGGAAACAAGCCCCUGAAGACUGAGAACUGGAUGCAGCCGCCGAUACAGCUAAAGGCGACGGUAGAUAACAUAGUUCAGGCUAUCUUGUGA